GGACUUUCUAUUUUCAUAGAGGAAGGGCGAGUGUUGAGGGAUAUUGUCGGAAGUGCUUACUAUAUUGCUCCCGAGGUGUUGAUGCGGAACUAUGGAAAAGAAAUAGAUGUAUGGAGUGCUGGAGUUAUUUUAUAUAUCCUUUUGAGUGGAUUUCCUCCCUUUUAUGCUGAAACGGAGAAUGGCAUUUUUAAAGCAAUCUUGAAGGCUCGGCUUGAUCUUGAAAGCAAUCCCUGGCCAUCAAUAUCUCCAAGUGCAAAGGAUCUUAUCAGGAAAAUGUUGACCGUGGACCCCAAAAAACGAAUAACUGCAGCUGCCGCCCUUGAACACCCAUGGCUCAAGGAAGAUGGUGACGCAUCAGACACACCUAUCAAUAGUGUUGUUCUGAUCAGAAUGAAGCAAUUUAGAGCAAUGAACAAGAUGAAGCAACUUGCUCUAAAGGUCAUUGCAGAAACCAUGCCAGAAGAAGAAAUUAAGGGGCUGAAAGAGAUGUUCAAGAACAUAGACACGGAUGGAAGUGGCAACAUCACGCUUGAUGAACUUAAAACUGGGCUGGCUAAGCUGGGCUCUAAGCUCUCAGAAGAUGAAAUAAAACAGCUGAUGGAUGCUGCUGAUAUUGACAAGAGCGGGACAAUAGACUACAUUGAAUUCAUCACAGUCGCAAUGCAUCGGCAUAGGCUUGAGAACGAAAGCAACUUGUUGAUGGCUUUUAAUCAUUUUGAUAAGGACAGAAACGGAUACAUUACCCGAGAAGAGCUGAGGCAAGCUAUGAAAGACUACGGAAUGGGGGAUGAAGCUACGAUUAGUGAGAUCCUUAAUGACGUGGAUACAGAUAACGAUGAAAAGAUCAACUAUGAUGAGUUCAAACAGAUGAUGAGAAGGGGUACUGUAGAGAAUAAAGGCAAACAGUGAUA